CUCUAAAGUGGAGAUGGGAAAGUGGAUUGAGGAUCUGAACUUGGCUAUCGACAUGGCCAAGAAGUCUCAAGAGAAAUCCAGCAUCUUUCUUGACGCUGGACUCAGCGAUCGCUCCAACCGGUCGUCCGACGAGGUUUCUCUGGAGCAGGAGUCUGAGGAUGACAUGAACUCCUCCCGCACUUCACUGGACAAGCAGACACACCACCGUGCCAACACAACCAUGCAUGUGUGCUGGCAUCGCAACACCAGUGUGUCUAUGUCUGACCACAGCCUGGCUGUGGAGGUACUCCUCCCCUGCCCCCAAUUACAUGCAAACACGGCCAUUUACAUACACCAGCAUGCACACGACACACACCAACAGCACGUACGUCAAACCUCCCAUCUUCAUACCAGCAUCAGUGGAGUGAGCGGAAAUGGCUUUGCAUUCUGUUUUCUU